AUGGCUAAUAAUCUUGCCUGGUUGUUAGUGCUGGUCUUGAGGAGUGUCCUGAAAGAGACUGCUGCCCAAACGCCCCCUCCAGGGUUCAGAUAUGCUUCUUAUGAGGUGAUCAUCCCAAGGAAACUGACCCCCAGGCAUGGGCUAAAAGAACCUCAGCAUGUGAACUACCUGCUGAAGAUUGAAGGGAAGAGCCACCUGGUAUACCUCAGGCAGAAGAGAGACUUUGUCCCCAAACACUUCCCUGUUUUCACCUACAGCAAGGAGGGGGAUCUCCAGGUGGAAUAUCCAUUCAUCAGGGAUGACUGUUUCUAUGAUGGCUUCGUACGGGGCAGGCCACUGUCUGUGGUUGCUUUUAGCACUUGUUCAGGAGGUCUCAGGGGUGUUUUGCAAGUAGAAAAUAAGUCCUAUGAAAUUGAACCUGUCCUGGCUUCUGCUACCUUUCAACAUGUGGUGUAUCACCUGGAAGAAGAGAAAGGGGCCAUCCACAUGAGGUGUGGGCUGACAAAAGAAGAGGAACUUCGUCAGGCAGCCAUGAUCCAAAACACAAGGACUAUAGCAACUGGAAGAUCUCAGGACAGACCCUGGUGGACACAUACAACAUAUGCAAAGGUUGUCAUUGUGGUGGAUCAUGAGCGCUAUGUUCAGUUCGGGAGAAAUGAAACUGUUGUUGCUCUGAACGUGUUGAAUGUCAUCCAUCUUUCAAAUUCCUGGUAUGCGCCACUUGGCGUUCAGAUAAUCCUUCUUGGAUUGGAAAUAUGGUCUGAAAGAAAUCUCAUAAAUAUCGCUGACACCAUAAAUGUUCUCCUUGACAAUUUUAAUACUUGGAGAAAAAACACACUUUAUUCACGUCUACCACAUGAUGCAGGCCACCUUUUUGUAUAUAAACGUUUUGGAGAUGCGCUGGGAUUAGCGUUCAUUGGAACAGUGUGUUGGAAUGCCUAUUCAAGUGCUGUUAAUGCUUAUGUAAGUUCCAGUUUGUUCCAUUUUACUAACACUUUUACCCAUGAACAAGGGCAUAUUCUUGGCAUGUACCAUGAUGUAGCACACUGUAAAUGUGAACGAGGUAGCUGCAUUAUGUCUGCCUAUCACUCAAACAGUGAUAAAUUCAGCAACUGCAGUUAUAAAGCGUUUUACAACUUAAUGAAAUCUGGCGGGGCACGGUGCUUGUUUUCUGCUGGACACCCUGAUAAACGGUAUAAACUCCCAUACUGUGGGAACAGAGUAGUGGAACAUGGAGAGCAAUGUGACUGUGGUUCAAGACAGAGCUGUCAACGGGAUCCUUGUUGCCAGUCUGAUUGCAAGUUGCGUUCGGGCAUCGCAUGUGCUUUUGGAGAGUGCUGCUCCGGAUGCCAGUAUCUUCCAGCUGGAACUGUUUGCAGGAAAAGUGCUAGUGUCUGUGACUUUCCAGAGUACUGCAACGGGACUUCAGAAUGGUGUCCUGAAGAUGUUUAUGUACAAGAUGGUGCCCCAUGUCAAGAUGGUACCUACUGUUAUCAUGGGAAAUGCUCUACUCACGAAGAACAGUGCAAGAUGAUCUUUGGCUCAAGCGCAACAGUGGCUUCUGAGGUCUGCUUCAGAGAACUGAAUACUCAAGGCGACCGCUUUGGCAACUGUGGGGUUCGUGGUGCUUAUAUAAAAUGUACUUCUGGGAAUGUCCUGUGUGGCCGAAUCCAGUGUAAAGACGUUGUUGAAUUCCUUCCUUUGGAAGGACACAGCACCAUAAUUCAAACACGAGUUAACAACAGUUUAUGCUGGGGCACAGACUACCAUUAUGGAUCGAGAAUACCUGAUAUUGGAGCUGUGAACGAUGGCACUUCCUGUGGCAAAGAUAUGAUGUGUAUUAAUAAGCAAUGUGUUAAUAUAUCUCGCUUGAACUAUGAUUGUAAUAUGACAAAGUGCCACAAUUGGGGAAUCUGUAACAGCCACAAAAAUUGUCACUGUGAUUAUGGCUGGGCCCCUCCAUACUGUCUAAGCGAAGGUUAUGGUGGCAGUAUUGACAGCGGACCCCCUCCAUCACAGCGGCUCACUGCGCCAUUUAUUAGAGGGCUCCUAAUUCCCCCUGCUGUUCUCGUUGUUGUUAGUGUUGCUGGUCUUGGUGCAUAUUACAGAGUCAAUCUGAUGCAGUGGGGUAGAACAUUUUGGGAACAAAAUUGA